GUGACGUCGAGGCAGUCUGUUUAUCGCUGGCCCUUUUGGAGCAUCUGGAGCACUCUGUCCUACGGACAGGGCUCCGUUGAAUUUGGAAGAACGGACCAUGACGUUCAUACUCGUCCGCGGCAGUAAACGGUUCGAUGAACACGGUGAAUGCAAAUGCAGGAUGAAACGGCCGAGACUGGUGAUUUGGAGACAGAAGCGCGUGAGCCAAAACGGAAUCGUGUGAGAGUGGCCUGCCUGCCUGCCUGCCUACCUAGCUGCAGGCGAGGGAGGGAGGGAGGGAGGGAGGAAUUCAUUUUGCUCCGGGAAGAAUAUCAAGUUUCCGUGGCUGCCGCUGUCAGGGCAAAUAGGGCUCUGCUUGGCAAGGGGCGCCAGAGUGCAGGUCUGCUUACCGCUGGCGUCACCUCCGGCGAGGAUGGAGCCGUUCCGUUCCCGCCCAGUCAUCGACUGACGGCCAAAGAGGUGUUUGACGGCGAGGGCAAGCCCAGAGUGGACGUGCUGAAAGGCCACCUGACCAAGGAAGGACGCGUGGAGGAGGCGGUGGCGCUAAGGCUCAUCAGGGAGGGCGCCGCCAUCCUGCGCGCCGAGAAGAACCUGCUGGACAUCGAGGCCCCGGUGACAGUGUGCGGCGACAUCCACGGCCAGUUCUUUGACUUGAUGAAGCUGUUUGAAGUGGGAGGCUCCCCGGCAUCCACGCGCUACCUUUUCCUGGGCGACUAUGUGGACAGAGGCUACUUCAGUAUCGAAUGCGUGCUCUACUUGUGGGCCUUGAAGCUCCUCUACCCCAAAACCCUGUUUUUGCUGCGCGGGAACCACGAAUGUCGGCAUUUGACCGAGUAUUUCACCUUUAAGCAGGAAUGUCGAAUCAAGUAUUCCGAGAGGGUGUACGACGCCUGCAUGGACGCCUUUGACUGCCUUCCCCUGGCGGCGCUUAUGAACCAGCAGUUCCUGUGCGUACACGGAGGACUUUCUCCAGAGAUCACAAAUCUGGACGACAUCAGGAAACUGGACAGAUUCAAAGAGCCUCCGGCCUACGGCCCCAUGUGCGACCUGCUCUGGUCCGACCCCCUGGAGGACUUUGGCAACGAGAAGAGCCAGGAGCAUUUCACGCACAACACGGUGCGGGGCUGCUCCUACUUCUACAGCUACCCGGCUGUUUGCGACUUCCUCCACCACAACAAUUUAUUAUCCAUCAUCCGGGCCCACGAAGCGCAGGAUGCCGGGUACCGCAUGUACCGAAAGAGUCAGACCACCGGCUUCCCGUCCCUCAUCACCAUCUUCUCUGCACCCAACUACCUUGAUGUCUACAACAACAAAGCGGCCGUGCUGAAGUACGAAAACAACGUGAUGAACAUCCGCCAGUUCAACUGCUCGCCCCACCCCUACUGGCUGCCCAACUUCAUGGAUGUCUUCACCUGGUCGCUGCCCUUUGUCGGCGAAAAGGUGACCGAGAUGCUGGUGAACGUCUUGAGCAUCUGCUCCAACGACGAGCUGACCACUGACGAGGACCUGGACGGACAGCUAAUAUAUGCCCCCAAAACAGGUGCCACGGCUUCUGCGCGCAAGGAAGUCAUCCGCAACAAGAUCCGCGCCAUUGGGAAGAUGGCCCGUGUCUUCUCCGUGCUCAGGGAGGAGAGCGAGAGCGUGCUGACGCUGAAGGGCCUCACCCCGACGGGCAUGCUCCCCAGCGGUGUGCUGUCCGGCGGCAAGGAGAAGCUGCAGAACGCUACUAUCGAAGCUAUUGAGGCUGACGAAGCAAUCAAGGGCUUCUCGCCCCAGCACAAGAUCACCAGCUUCGAGGAGGCCAAGGGCCUGGACCGCAUCAACGAGAGGAUGCCGCCGCGGCGGGACGCGCUGCCCUCCGACGCCAGCCUCAACUCGCUUAACAAGGCGCUGUCCUCGGAGACCAACGGCACGGACGGCAAGGGAAGCGCCAGCGGCAUCCAGUAGAGGGAGGGAGGGGAGCGGAGGGAGGGAGGGAG